AAUCUAUAUACAUAACAGUUUUCAAGCUCUUAUAUUGAGGAAUUUUUAUUAUAAAAUAUCACAGUCCCAGAUGAGAUUUUUAAGAUAUGUAUAUUAAGAUGAGUGAUUCUGGGAUUUAUAUUUGAGUAAUUGUAUUCUCUGUUUUUGUACUAGGUUUGCUUGCAUUAAAACUAAGACAAGCAUACAUUUCUCCAGGUGAUUGUCUAACUUUGCUUCUCUGGGUCUGGAAGCUCUUAGAAUUCUGUGUUCUUUAGCCAGUUUUUGUCCUUGGUAUACUUUUCUAGCAGAGAUAGAGUUAAGGUCACGGUUCAUUUUCCUGAUUCCUUUGAGAGCGAUAACAACAAAAAUCCUUCUCUCUUUAGUAAGUUGAUCUUUGAGUAAACAUUCGACUAAACUGUUCCUUAAUAUCUUCUAUCCUUUCUAAGUUCCCGAUGCUAGGAGGAGGAAAUAGGGUUCUUUAUGAGCUUUCUUGUCCUUGCUGCCUUUAUUCAUGUGGAAGGUGCAACAGCUGCUGUGGCUUGUGCAUUUGUCUUAGUUGCUGCUUUAUAUAGCUUAUUGUUUUGAUAGUAAUUGUAUCUUUCUAAAUAAUAACUGGGUCACUUUUAAUUUUAUUUAAAUUUUUUCUCAUUUGGAUGUAUAAUAAAUUUGGACAUUUCAGUUUAGUUUUGUUUCUGUUAAUCUUCACACCAGGUCUUUUCUGUGCUUUAGGUUGACUCUUCACCACACUGAAACCUUAGGAAAAAUCCUUGUGGUAAACAACAGGCUUCAGAGUGUAACCUGUACUCGGGCCUAGAAAUUAUUUUAAAUGGCGACUGAUACGUCUCAAGGUGAACUCGUCCAUCCUAAGGCACUCCCACUUAUAGUAGGAGCUCAGCUGAUCCACGCGGACAAGUUAGGUGAGAAGGUAGAGGAUAGCACCAUGCCGAUUCGUCGAGCUGUGAAUUCUACCCGGGAAACGCGUCCCAAAACCAAACUUGCUGAAGGGGAGGAAGAAAAGCCAGAACCAGAUGUAAGUUCAGAGGAAUCUAUUUCCACUGUAGAAGAACAAGAGAAUGAAACUCCACCUGCUACAUCAAGUGAGACAGAGCAGCCAAAGGGGGAAGCUGAGAACGAAGAGAAGGAAGAAAACAAGUCUUCUGAAGAUACCAAAAAGGAUGAGAAAGAUCAACCUAAAGAAAAAGAGAAGAAAGUGAAAAAAACAAUACCUUCCUGGGCUACUCUUUCUGCCAGCCAACUAGCCAGGGCUCAGAAACAAGCACCAAUGGCUUCCUCUCCACGUCCCAAGAUGGAUGCAAUUCUGACUGAAGCCAUUAAGGCAUGCUUCCAGAAGAGUGGUGCAUCAGUGGUUGCUAUUCGGAAAUAUAUUAUCCAUAAGUACCCCUCUCUAGAACUGGAAAGAAGGGGCUACCUACUUAAACAAGCACUGAAAAGAGAAUUAAAUAGAGGUGUCAUCAAACAGGUAAAAGGAAAAGGUGCUUCUGGGAGUUUUGUUGUGGUUCAAAAGUCAAGAAAAACUUCUCAGAAAUCCAGAAACAGAAAGAAGAGCUCUGCAGUGGAGACAGAACCUCAAGUAAAAUUGGAGGAUAUCCUUCCACUGGCCUUUACUCGCCUUUGUGAACCUAAAGAAGCUUCCUACAGUCUCAUCAGAAAAUAUGUGUCUCAGUAUUAUCCUAAACUUAGAGUGGACAUCAGGCCUCAGCUAUUGAAGAAUGCUCUGCAGAGAGCAGUAGAGAGAGGCCAGUUAGAACAAAUAACUGGCAAAGGUGCUUCUGGGACAUUCCAGCUGAAGAAGUCAGGGGAGAAACCCCUGCUUGGUGGAAGCCUGAUGGAAUAUGCAAUCUUGUCUGCCAUUGCUGCCAUGAAUGAGCCGAAGACCUGCUCCACAACUGCUCUGAAGAAGUAUGUCCUGGAGAACCACCCAGGGACCAAUUCUAACUAUCAAAUGCAUUUACUGAAAAAAACUCUGCAGAAAUGCGAAAAGAAUGGGUGGAUGGAACAGAUCUCUGGUAAAGGAUUCAGUGGCACCUUCCAGCUUUGUUUUCCCUAUUAUCCCAGCCCAGGAGUUCUAUUUCCAAAGAAAGAGCUAGAUGAUUCUGAAGAUGAAGAUGAAGAAGAUGAUGAAGAUGAAGAUGAUUCAUCAGAAGAAGAGUCUGAAGAUGAAGAACCUCCCCCUAAGAGAAGGUUGCAGAAGAAAACUCCAGCCAAGGCAUCAGGGAAAACUGCAGCUAUGAAGCAGAGAGGAUCUAAACCUGCACCUAAAGUCCCAGCUUCCCAGCGAGGGAGAGCUAGGCCUCUCCCCAAGAAAGCUCCUCCUAAGGCCAAAACUCCUGCCAAAAAAGCCAGACCUUCACCCUCAGUUAUCAAGAAACCUAGUGGUGGCUCUUCAAAGAAGCCUUCUGCUAAUGUGAGAAAGGAAGUGAAAUUGCCUGGAAAGGGAAAAUCCACCAUGAAAAAAUCUUUCAAAACAAAAAAGUAAAUUUUAUAGGAGAAAGGGUAUCAUGAAAAAAUUGAAAAAUAUCUUAUUUUCUAAAGAAGGUCAGCGUGCAUUUGUUGUAGUUUUGACGCUUUUAAAAUUACUUUUUCCCCCACCUCACAUUGUGAGGAGGGAAUAUAAACCAUUUUAGGCAUUUGUUAGCUUUAGGUGCUAUUCUUGGUACCUGCCCUUUUUUCUCAGUCAUUUAAAUUUCUGUGAUAAUUCUGGACUUUCCUGUAUUAUAUACUUGCCUUUUUCUCCCUCCACCCAACCCUUUUGCUUUGUUUUUGGUUGGUUUUUUGUUUUGUUUUUCUUUGCCACCUCAUUUGCGCCCUACCCCCUUUUGAGUUAUAACUAAACAGUUUCAAAGGUUUUUAUAUUUGUAGAAAGCAUCAAGACUAAGAUGCUGGUCAGGUGCUAUAAGUAGAAGGAGUCAAGAUAGCACUGACUAAAUUAAAUGCCUCCUACUUGGAGACUUGAAUUAUAGCUAUAACGCUUCGUUUUAUUUAUAAAACCACUCCACCGAUCCUUUCUCUCCAACUAUAAACACAGAUACAGCUUUGGGAGUAAGCCAAAAACAUGAUCACAUUCUACAGUUGCACUUCUCUUUUGGGCCACUUUUCACAUUGCUCAGAUUCCAGGCAAUUUUCACUGGCCCAGGGCAUUGCAUUCCCUCUACAGCAAGCACAAGUUCUCUUCAUCACUUGGUUUUUGACUGAAGGGGGAAAUAUAAGAAUACAUUGAAUUUGUGAUUUUUGGUGUGGCCUGUAUUACCAAGAAGCAAAACCGUAUAAAAUUGUCUUGAUCAGAUGUUUGAAUAUAUUUUUCAUAUUUGGAGCAUGAAUUGUCUCUUCCUAUUUACCUUUUUUAUAAGAAAAGGUUGGAGAGUUAACAUCAUUGUUAAUGUAGAAAUGUUAAGUGGAAAAACAUGCAAUUUGCUAAAAUAAACAAUACCAGAUUCAUCUGGGUUUUCCCUUCUUUCCAUAGCACUUUUGAUAUUAAGCAAGUGGCUUCAUUUUUUGAGAUAUUAAAAAAAGAAAAAAGAAAGCAGUUGAAGCCCAACUACCUAACCCUUUCAUAUUUGUAUUUGUUUUAGUAUUGUGAAGUUGUGUUAAAAUAGUAUUAGCUUUCUACUUGAGAAGUAUUGAUUUGCAGUUAAUCAUUUAUCUUCCCUGUGGCAUUUGACAUCUAAUUGUCUUAAACUUUUUGGUGUACUUCUUCUGGCCCUUUGAGUAUUGCCAGAAGCAAAAAAAAAAAAAAAAAAAAAAAAGGUUUGUUUCAGUCAUUCCACUUGCAUUGUCUCCUGGGAUCUGACUUGCAGCCUAAAAUAUGGCUGAGAAAUGAGACUUAUGAAGAUUGGCUGGAAUUAGAUCUAUAAUCAUGUGUGAUCCCAUCAUGAGUUUAUUGGAAUUUGUGUUGCAUGUAAGGCAAUCUUUCCUGUUGUAAAUCUUCCUUUUUUUAUGUACAUAUAUUUUGAAAAAUACGAAUAAACAUGAAAUUUUAAAAGCU